GUAACUGGAAUUUAGUGAGUCUCCUUAUAUGAAGUAAAAACGUAAAUUAUAAAACGUGUUUCCUUGAAAUCAUUAAUUAAACCAAAAUCGCAUUUGUCGUGGAGCUCGCGCCGCAUCACUAUUCAUUUCUGCUGCUUCGUACAAUCCACGCGCUUCACGUUAUCCCUCACCCACCACCCCCGCGCCGCCUCCUUCCGCCGCUUCGGAGCAUGAUCCUGACUUGUUACCGAUUUUUUUUUUUGUUUUUCGAUAGAAAUAUGAACAGCAAAUCGAUGGGAAGGUUCAAUGUAAAAGAGGUGUAUGAGGAGCAGAGUGCUAUUAAUGGUGGUUAUGACAGUAUCAGCCUUUUACCCGAUUGCAUUCUCGAUCACAUUCUAUCGUAUCUUCCCACAAAAGAGGCUGUGGCAACUUCCGUGUUAUCCAAAAGAUGGAAGUAUUUAUGGACUUUUGUUCCCAUCUUAGACUUCGAUGAUUCAUUAUUAUAUUCAAGUCAGUUCGAGUUUCGCCAUUCAAUAAAUGUGACGUGUUUCAUGAACUUCGUCGACAAAGUUCUUCUACAAAGAGACAAAUCCAAUGUCAAAAGAUUCCGGCUCUCGUGCCGUGUGUGUUUCAGUGCAUCUCGAGUCAACGAGUGGAUAUUAUCCGCAGUCAAACAAAACGUACAAGAGCUCGAUCUUUGUCUUUUUGUGGAGGAGCCCUUCGUAUUACCUGCAUGUGUUUUCGAUAAUGAAAUCCUCACGGUUAUAAAGUUAGAAAUGAAUUGCAAUCUCCAUCUGCCACCUCGUAUAUCCAUUCCGAGCCUUAAAACAUUGCACCUCCGUCUUGUUACGUUUCCGAAUGAUAAUAACACGGUGCAAAGUUUGUUCUCUAGUUGCCCCUUUCUUGAAGAGCUGGCUGUGUUGGAUUGUGAGUGGAUGAAUCUCAAGAGAAUCUCCAUAACGAUACCUUCGCUCAAGAUCUUGAUAAUUGACGAUUUACCGUUUUGUUCUGUUGAUGAUCUUCGUGGGUGUGAGAUCAGUAUUGAUGCUGGAAAUUUGAUAUUCUUCAAGUACAGUGGCUACUUAUCGAACAAGAUCAAUAUCUACGGUCAUUCAUCUUCGGCUCUUGCAUUGAUUAACAUUCCCACACUUAGUGGGAGGCGGCGGGAGAUUGGUCAUCGAACUGUGAAGUUGUUUGGUGGGCUCGUAAAUGUUAGUAGCCUCAGAAUAUCCAGUGGCACCAUUGAGGCUCUGUUUCAUGCGGAGGACAUGAUGGAUAAUCUUCCGAACUUUGAGAACCUGACUUUCUUGGAGUUGAGGGGUGAAUUUCGGAAACAUUCGAUCAAACUGUUGAUUAAAUUGCUCCGACGAAUGCUGAAACUAGAAUUUCUUCAUUUCUGUGAGGGACUUGGUCAAUGUGAAGAUGAUUCGGGGAUGCAGCUGUUGCCGGACUGUGCCUUGUCCAGUCUCAAGACAGUCGACUACACGAAUUUUUGUGGAACUAAUACAGAAAUAUGGUUUUUAAGGUUUUUGCUGAAAAACGCAGUCGUGUUGGAGAAAAUGAAUGUUUACUGGUCCAAAAAUUCUUCGAAGGAUCAAAUGAACCAAUGGAAGAUAAAAGAACAAUUGCAUGCACUUCCCAAAGGCUCCUUGCAUUGUGCACUACUAAUCACGACGUAGCUUUUUUUGUUUUGUUUUUAUUGAUAGGGGAAGAGAGCAAGUUUUUGGACAUUGGAACAUCUUCGAGUACGUCAAAUACGUUACGUGGUCGAAGGUUGUCUGUCUUUUUUUGUGGCAAGUGAGUAAAGAAUUUGUGUUUGUCAUAUAUAGCCUUUUUGAAUGUUUUGUUGAUUCAUGUAUAUUGAGGCUCAUACUUGUUAGAAUUGAGGCUCAUAUCUUGAUUCAUAGAUGCUUUUUUGAUCAGAAAAUAUAGAUAUAUAUAUAGCUUUUGUAUUGGUUAUU